GCAGGCUGCAUGCAGCCUUCCUCGAAAAGCUGCAUUCCUUCACGCAUGAGUCGGACUCGUCGGUUCUGCCUCAAGCUGUGCCAGAGUACACACUCUACGAAGCAGCACUACUUGGUGGAGGUGAGGUCAACAUGACCUUUGCACGCUAUGAGCUGAUGGGCGCUUUGCUCCGCGACACACGCAACACGUGGUCGCAGGUUGAGUCCUUGCUCAGCGACGCCCCGUUCCACCAAGAUGCCGCAGGCUUCGUGUCCGACCAGCGGCCGAGACCAAAAUGGGCCUCCCUCGUGGCCGAGUUCUCAGCGGUACGUGGCCUUCGAGUGGAUGCCGGCACCGGCACAGC